AUGUCUUCUGUGCAUCACAAACUCUAUGGAUGCGGCACCUUAACCAAGACACCUUGGAAAACUUUUUCGGUGCUAUUAGAAGUCACGGGUGCCGCAACACAAACACUACGCCUGAAAAAUUUGAAGGCGCAUUUACGACAUUACGAAUCAAUAAUAUCACAAGUGUCCAUGCCCCUAUUGGAGCUAACUGCGAAAAUGAUUUGUGUGAAUAUCUGCAUGCCCUCAUCGUCACUGAUGACUGCAAAGCCACACCGACUGUUUGCAGCUUGGAUAGCAUCC